GCUGUGAGAGAACGCCGCCGUGUUACUUUAGUGGUUGACGCUGCUGGAGGAAACUGUAUCUGGCUUGAUUUAGCCGUCCGUCACAGCAUACCUGGUAAUUCCGUCCACCUGAUGAUGACGACCGGUGAUGACGUGCGAUGUGCCCUCACUUGACCACAACAUGAGUGAUGCCAAUCGAAGGCCAAGGCUAUAUCGAAAGGACAAUUUCGCCAAGGGUUUAGACUUGCUCGAUACCACGAUGACAAAACCAACGAGACGACGACAAAGUGACGAUGAUGACGGUCAGGAGCGGCCAUUAUUCACAGAUUUGCCGAAAACAAAACCUGAGUUAGAGAUUGGUGCACUAAGCGAAGACGGCAUGACGCCGCGCGACAUCGUAACCCCGCCAAUCUUGAUUGAGGACACUUCUAUCAAAGCAGGGCCAAGACGGGGAUCGCUAUCAGGAUUUCUACACCGAAAAAUGGCGGGAUUACAACAGAAAUUUUUCUCGGGCAAUGAGCCAUCACGAUUGAAUCCAAAAUCUAAAUAUCUACUGGGGUCCUGUCCAAAUCUUGUGAUGGGGAUCCAGACCCUUAAACCGAAAGCUCGAAACUGCAGGUCGUCUGAUGGGCGUGUUAUAAAGACUGCACCGUCACCGGAAGGAUCUAAUGAGAAUAUUGGAUCUCAGGAGAAACUUGUAGGACUGACCUCUUUGACUGUACCCGAUGUUUUUGUCACAUCUAAAACACAUUCAAGGAAUAUCACAAGUGAAGACAUCCGUGUGCAGAGCUCUAGUUCACCAGAUUUAGGAGGCAGAGACCCGAAACGACAAGCUGAACUCAAACAACAGCAGUUUCAAAAAAACAAAUCGCAAAGUUUGUCUGUAGUCAUUUUCGAAUGUUUGGAAUCGGACAGUAAAGGAUAUUUCAAAGACGCCAAUAUAUCGGAAAUUUUGGAUUUUCUGUAUAUGGGGAAUAUAGAAUCGGUUUACAAUGAGCAUUUACUGUGCAGGCUUGGUGUAGAUCGUGUGGUUGACCUCAGCAACAAACGUCCGGAUGAGGUUCCGUCCAAGAAGAAGUCCAUCUGUCCGUGCACGUGUCCGUCCAAACAUGUCCAUUCAAGAGCAAAACUGUGUAUAAGCGUGGAAGACAUUGAAGAAGAGGGAAUAGAUAUUUAUUUUCGCGAAAUAAACGUUUUUUUGGAGGGAGCCCGUAAAAUGAACAAAAAAGUUCUCGUAGCUAGUUAUUUGGGCAAAUCGCGUUGUGCGGUUGUGACUAUACAGUACCUGAUGGCGUUCCAUGGGAUGCACCUUAGACGCGCAUAUAACUGGGUGAAAACCAGGAGGGAUUGUAUUCAGAUAAAUCCUGGAUUUCAAACCAUCCUUGAACAGUUGGAGGAGCAGUUUUACCCGGGAACGAUGAAGUCCAUGCAGUUUAAAGACCUUGUAGGCAAUGAAUUGGCAAGGAGAACCGCUUGGACGGAGACUUGAUUUAAUUGAGAUUUCGCGUGAUUCGCGUGCCUUUCCCGUAAAAAUGUCAACUUUUGCCCGAUGUUACAUUUGAUGACACCACUGCGGCCCACUGCAUCAGCUAGGAUUCUUGCUGAAGUCUCGUUAAAGGAACAACUUGGGGGUGGGAUUUACCUAUUAACCAUGCGCCGCCACUUGUAUUAUCACACUAUAGGCCUAAUGAUUUUUCGCCAGAGUUACGGGGCAGUUUUGGACAUGGCUUGUGAAUUUUGCAGUAUGUUUGUUCUUUUUCUGGUUCAUCAUUAAACUAGUUUUUUCUGAA